AACACUUGCACCUGUUGUAAGGAUGUACAUUGUAGAACAAUACUGAACAUGGGCUGUUCCGUUGGUAUUUGUAGAGAACACAAAGUCCGGGAAACGAGGACGGCACUAACGUGCCAAUAUUGCAACACCUACUGCGGAAACGACUCGGGUUCGUACGUCGCUUGUCUGGCUAGCAACCACGAUACGCAAGUUUGGGGCUGGCCGCGGCGAGCCCGUACCCGCCCGUCCAAACAACAACGAGACAGGCUCAUAUCCGAUCUCACAAGAACCACGAACUUCCGCGAGUCCGAAAUCAAACACUUGUACAAACUCUUCCAAAAGGACUGCCCGAAUGGCUUGCUGAAGGAACAACAGUUUGUGAAAUUCUACGUGGACUUCUUCCGUACGGGGUGUCGAGAGAAGAAGUCGGCGCUGGCUAAGAGGAUUUUCCGUGCGUUCGAUCACGACGCGACAGGGACGGUGGACUUUAGAGAGUACGUUUGCGGGAUGAGUGCGCUCUUAAGGGGCUCUAAGGUAGAGAAACUUAAGUGGGCCUUCAGAAUGUACGAUCUGGAUGGAAACGGAGAAGUCACCAAGAGAGAGUUGCUGAAUGUUUUGAUGCUGAUGAACGAACUGCGAAACCCCGGAGCGCCGGAGGAAGAGACCCGCCAAAUGGAGGCUCAACAGGAGGAGCUUAUCACGGGCAUCUUCAACUCACUUGACAUCGACCACGACGGCAAACUACAGCUCAAGGAGUUCGUCGAAGGAGUCCGUAGUAAUCCCCAACUGUUCAAAAUCCUAUAAGACGUACGCGUUUGUUUGCGGUCACGUGGCUGUGACGUAAGUUAUAAUGUCCGCCAUGUUGGUUGGUUAAACCUGGCAAUUGAAAUACUAGUAGACUAUCGUGGCUGUCUAUCCUAAUUAGCAGUUCAACCAAUGAUAU